GACAGGUAUGAGAUAGGUUGGAUUGGACUAGUGACAGAAGGAUUUGUAAAGCUGAGGACAUGUGUUUUGGAAGGUGUGCUAGAUGUAUUGGUUAUAAGUUGCUCAUCCUUGCCUUGCUCAGCAUCGUGGCCAACAUUUUACUUUAUUUUCCGAAUGGUGAAACAAGAUUUGCUUCAGAGCAUCAUCUCGGCAAAUAUGUGGAGUGCCUUCAUGGCAUUCUAGGUGGAGGCCUUUUGGUACUCAUUCCAGCUGCAGUGUUCAUUGGGCUUCACAAUGAUGACUGCUGUGGGUGCUUUGGCCAUGAGGACUGUGGGAAAAGCUGUGCGAUGCUGUCCUCAGUUCUGGCAGCCUUUGUUGGGAUCCUUGGUUCUGGAUACUGUGUAAUCAUUUCAGCAUUGGGCUUGUCUCACGGACCAUAUUGUUUUACUCACCUAGAAAGAAACUGGAUCUAUCCUUUCACUGAAUCCUCUGGAGGGUACUUGUUUGAGUAUAACAAGUGGUCUCAAUGUCAAGAACCUCAAAACAUCGUGCAGUGGAACACCACCCUCUUUUCCAUCCUCCUUGUCCUGGGAGGAAUAGAGUUCAUUCUGUGCUUCAUACAGAUAAUCAAUGGCAUUCUUGGAGGACUAUGUGGGUUGUGCUGCAGUCAUGAAGAGACAUACGCUUGCUAG